AUGAUUCUUGUCCGAAGUACCAGCGUCUGGACGUCUCUCUUGCUGCUUUUGACGCUCUUCCUCUAUCCUCCAUCCGUCGAUGCUGUCGCUGCAAUCAAGACCUUGUCGGAAUCUAAAACUCCUGAUCUCGCAGCGUCUCCAACGCCGAGAAUCUCUCCCGAUCCACCCCCUACAUCUCUGUCUAUUAACCCGUCAAUCAAGAAGACAAAAGCUGCAUCUUCCGCCACUUCCCUGGAACGUCCAAGCCUAGUUUCCAGUAGUACUGGAUCUCAAGAGGCUGUUGAAGCAGUGGUUGUGGCUGCCGAUGUCUCCAUUGAUCAAGUUGUGAAGCAUUUGCAAAUUGUUCAGCAGCUGGAGCUCUCGGUAGGCAAAAGUUUGCAAGAAAUGACGACAGCCGACCAGUUUGUCAUGUAUAGUCAAGGCCAGCUACAAGAGAGGCAGCAUCUACGUGAUGGUCUUCUUGCGGCGCACAAGAAUCUGAAACAAUUGGCUUUAGGUCUUAAUGGAACGUUACUGGAGCUUGAACAUGUCGAGCGGGAGGAAGCACUGCAGUCCAAGAAGCUACAGGAUGUUUUGGCGCUCCAGGAAGAAGAAGAACGAGAGGAAAAACUCGUCAAGGACGGAGCGAAAGAGAUGGACUAUGAGACGGGUCAUCUUAAGAACACGACAGGACUUAAUGCUGAACAGCUCAAGAAGCUGGAAGUGGUGGAGAAGGAAGCGGAUCCGGCAGUGUUGCAUUAUGAUAUGGACUUGUUGGCGCAAAUCGCACUGUUGCUGGGUGUAUCAGCGAUGGGAGGAAUUGUUGCCACGUACUUUAACAUUCCUCCACAUGCUGGGUAUCUACUGGGUGGAGCGCUCGUAGGACCGUCGUGUUUGGGAGUUGUAAGACUGUACAAAGAAGUCGAGACAAUCUCGCUCUUUGGGUCGAUCUUCUUGCUCUUUGGACACGGAGCUGCGUACACGCCGCAACAGCCUGAAGAUAUCUUUCGAAAGUAUUUUGUGGGAGGUGUGGUGUAUAUCGUAUCCACUGUGCUGCUAGUUGCUGGUGUGGCAGUGUAUAUCCAAUGGACAAGUUCGUUCAUGGAAGGACUGAUCAUUGGUCUAGGCGUCUGCUUUUCGGCCACCGCUCCUCUUUACGAACACAUUCGAGAAAACAGAAUUCAAGACUCGUCCUUUGGUCGGACGGUGACGUCAAUUAUUGCGAUUCAAGAUGUGCUGAUGAGUUUUGCUCUAGGCACGCCUGAAUGGUUUUCUGUGCGUUCAGUCGGCUGGAUUGGUGUGGCCAUAUUACGAAGCGUCGUGGCCUACUCUGUGGUCGUAAGCAUGACGGUUUGUCUACACCAAUACGUUGUACCAAAGCUAUUGCGAUUUCUUACAGCUAUGGAAGAGGUUCACAACGCACCACUGGUUCUUCUUGGAGUAGUGUCUGUCUGCUUAUUCAUGGCACUCUUCUCAGAGAUGAUUGGGCUUUCGCUCGAAUGUGGCGCUUUCCUGGCUGGAUUGGCUUUUGUGCGUGUAUCAAGCAACGCAAAGGGGGCCUUCACGUCGAUUCGCGUGAUCGAAAACUUGUUUGGCAGCAUGUUCUUUGCUUGUGUCGGUAUGAUUUUGCAUCCGAUGUUCCUGAUCCGCAACGCGGGUGAGAUCCUAUCGAUGGUGUUGCUAAUUGUGGUUGUCAAGACAGUGUCCAUGGCUGGUGUCAUGACUUUCUUCCGCAUCAGUCCGCGAAAGGCGCUCAUGGCUGCUGUCAGCCUUUGCCAAAUCGGCGAACUCGCCCUCAUUUUCAUGAUCAAGGCUCACGCAUCAAAGCUCGUCUCACGACGGACCUAUCUGUUGUUCUUAGCUGCUAUCUCCGUCUUCCUCGCAUGCUCAUCCGUCUUCAAUCGCAGAAUCGUAAUCGCUCGUCGAAAAUGCGUUUACCGUUUACCUUCGACGGUUCAAGGCAAGCUGAUGGAACGGCAUCAAAGUUCAAGUGGCAUUAACGACCUUCAGUUGCGUCUUGACAACAAUCAGGAUCCAGUGGAUUCCGAUGAACAAGACAAUGCAAGCUCUCCGUCGUCGAGGAUGCGGCAUCAAUUCUUGAGGUCUUCUAGCCGUUAA